AUGGAGGCUCUAACCCAUAACCUGCUACUGACCAUUCUCCUUCUGCUGGCCUCCCUCAGCCCCAUUGCUGCCCAGGAGGAUGGCAUCGAAAUCUACAGUUUCACCAUGGACACCAGGAUCAUAUCACGAUUUUCCCGCACCACCAUCACCAGCAUUGUGGUCAAUAGGGCUAAAAAAGCCCAACAGGCCACCUUCCAGGUGGAGAUGCCCCCAAAAGCCUUCAUUACCAACUUCUCCAUGACCAUUGAUGGUGUAACAUACCCAGGGAAGUUGAAGGAGAAGGCGGCUAUGACCAGGGGUCAGCAUGGUAGAGUCAUUGAGACCACAGAGAAGAGGCUGGAGCAGUUCCAUGUAUCUGUCAAUGUGGACCCAGCUGCCAAUGCCACCUUUGAAUUGGUCUAUGAGGAGCUGUUGAAGAGACAUCUGGGGAAAUAUGAGCUAAUGCUAAUGGUCCAGCCCCAACAACUGGUCAAACAGCUAAAGGUAGACAUCUAUAUCAUUGAGCCUCAGGGCAUCAGCUCCCUGGAGAAUGAUAUCACCUUUAUGACCAAGAAUCUUGAAGAUGCCCUCACCAAGACACAGAACAAGACCGAGGUUCACAUAGCAUUCAAGCCUUCUCUGGCCCAGCAGCAGAAGGAGCCCCGGAAGCUGAACACAGUCGUGGAUGGUAAAUUCAUUGUUCGUUAUGAUGUGGACCGAGGCACUGCUGCAGGGGGCAUUCAGAUCGAGAACGGAUACUUCGUGCAUAACUUUGCUCCGACAGAGUUGCCUGUUUUGCCCAAGAAUAUAGUCUUUCUUAUCGACAAGAGCGGGUCCAUGGCUGGCAGGAAGAUUAAGAAGACCAAGGCAGCCCUAAUAAAGAUUCUGGAUGACCUCAGACCAGAGGAUCAUUUCAACAUGAUUACCUUCAGUGGACAUGUGACUCGAUGGAAGCCAGUGCUGGUUCCAGCCUUGGAUGAACACUUGAAACAAGCCAAGAUAUUUCUCUCUAAUACUCCAGCCUUAGGUGUAACAAAUGUCAAUGGAGCGGUCCUGGCUGCUGUGAGUAUGCUGGAUGAGAGCAAUAAGAAGAAGGAACUGCCAGAAGGAAGCGUCUCCAUGAUCAUCUUGCUCACAGAUGGAGAUUCCACUGAGGGAGAGACGAAAUUGCAAAAGAUUCAUGAGAAUGUGAAGGCAGCCAUCAGGGGCCGAUACCAUCUCUUCUGCCUGGGUUUUGGCUUUGAUAUCAACUAUGUUUUCCUGGAGAGAUUGGCCUUGGACAAUGGCGGGAUGGCCCGGCACAUCUUUGAGGGAUUAGAUGCUGAACUACAGCUCCAGGACUUUUACCAGGAGGUGGCCAACCCGCUGCUGACCAAAGUGGAGUUCCAGUACCCAGACGAUGCCGUGGAACUGCUCACGAAAGACAGCUUCGGGGUCUUCUUCAAGGGCUCCGAGCUAGUGGUGGCUGGGAAGCUCAAGCCCCAGGUCCAGGAUUUGCCAUCAGCCCAUGUCAGGGGCAAGUCUAGCAACCAGACCUUCACUUUCCAAAUAGAAGUGAAUACUACGAACGAGGAGAAAGACUUCCAGAGGGGAAAGAACAUUUCUCACAGCUUCCUGGAGCGCCUGUGGGCAUACUUGACCAUCCAGCAGCUACAGGAGAAAGUUGUUUUAGCCUCAGGGUCUGAACUUCAGCGCCUGGAGGCCAGAGCCGUGAACCUGUCCCUGAAUUUCAACUUUCUCACUCCAUUCGUAAAUAUGAUAGUCAACAAACCUAAGGACCAAGACCAGCCUCAGUUGGCUGAGAAGCCUGUGGAAAUAGAUCAUGAAAAGCUGAAAAUUGAACAAACCAGACCAGGCAGAUUGAGAUUUCAAAGAAAGAGGAUCAUGAUUCAGCAGCCAACUGAACCAAGACGGUCACCACCUGCUUUGGAGCCCCGGUUAUCUUCUUUAGAAGAAGCGUCUCCUACCUCUGUUUCUUCGACAGAAUCUUUCAGAUCAAAGGAAAGGGCCCCUCACUUCAUGUUGGCACUGAUCACCCCAAAUGCUGACAGCAAAGAGUUCUUGUGUGUGGAUAUCAAGGGAUCACCCUAUAGAUCACUGAGUCUGAUCUCUGAUCCAGUACAAGGAAUUGAGGUGACUGGCAAGUAUAAGGACUUUAUGGAUACAUUUUCCUGGAUCCAGGUGAGCUACAGGUCUCCUGAAGUACAGGUGUAUGUGACCCAGAACAAUAUAGCGGUGAUUCGUGGUCAUGGUCAAGAAAGAAAAAGUAACUCUUUCCAAUGGCACAGAGCAUUUUACUUUGGGCUAAAUGGGCUAAAGAUGACCUUGGAAAAUCGUGUCUUGAUGCUCAGGGCCCCACAAAAAGUCACCAUCGGCCUGGUGUCCUUGAAUAAUCUCACUCCUGAACUCCGGCUCUUUCUAUUGGAUCCAGGAUACUUCUCUGAGAAAGUCAGUGGGGUCCUUGGUCAGUUUUACCAGGAUUUGUACUGCAGUUCCUUAGCAAACAACAAGUUGGAGCUGAAAGUAAUGGGAAAUACAUAUACAAUGACCAAAAAAUUUGUGGUGGAUUACCAAGAUGGAGGAGAAAGUGCCUCAAUGCCAAGAUUGCUGUGCUGGUCCCUGGAACAUUCCUUAAAAGAUGGAAAAACAUCAUAGACAAUAAAAAACAUGUAUUUUCCCCCUUCUUUCUCACCAGCCAAGAGCUGAUCCUUUGGGCCAGGCUGGGAGAUGCUAUAAAAUAGAGGCCAUGAGUCCAUUA